UACAUUUUCGCGCUCAAGCCAAAUCGAUCAUUCGAUCGAAUGCCCUAGCGAAACCCUAGUAAAAUCCUAUCAUUUUUUUUAUUCCUUCUUUCUCUCCAGAAAUUAUUACGUAGGAGCAUUCGUCACUUCGAUGGAGCCGCCGGAGAUGGUGCCGGCGGAGGAAACAGUGGAAGCUUUGAUAGAAGGUCUCGUCUCCCCCUUCCUGCCUCGCCGUGGAAUCUCUUGGGAUAACCCUUCUACCGAACAGCAGGAAGCAGUCGCCAAGCAGAUGUAUGCAGUUAAUUUGCUGUAUAAUUACUACCAUCGGAAGCUGUUUCCGAAACUAGAGUUCCUGGAUUUCAAUUCAUUCUGUAAAAUAGCUUGCAUUUCUAAACCUUCGCUUUUGAAGUAUAUGAACGCUAUGUGCAAAAGUGAUAUGAGUUCAGGAGAUCUGGAUGAACCUCUUUCAAUCACAGAGAGGAUGAUCAUGGAUGCUUGUAAUGUCUCUUCAGCAUUAGAUGCAUCGAAAGAUUUUCCUGACAUGAAGGGAUGGCCUAUCUCUAAAGUUGCAGUUUUUCUAGUAGAUCCAUCAAAGGAACACUGUUUACUAAGGUCCAGCAGCAGUACUGUAACCGUGAAGUUAUUGAUUGAAAAGAACCUUGAGAUGCCCCUUGAAAAUGUUGUUGGUGUACCGGAGAUGGGUAAUGCAUUAGGAAGCAAUACAAAUGCAAGUGGGCUUUUAAAAGACAAGUUCAAUGGUUUGGAAGAUCGCCUCCAAGAGGUUGCAUUUUCUACAGUUAAAGAAGAAAUGGGCAUCGAUAACUCAAACUUAAGCAUUUUGGGAUCUUAUCUAUCAUACUCAUUGAGUCGCAUGAAGUCAUGCGCUCGGUUAUAUAUAAUGAGCUAUGCAGAACCCAUUGUUAACCAAAUUCCUAUCAAGGGUUUGAUGCAAAGCUUGCAAGGACCACUUGUCAAGAUCAACAGUGCACCUGAAGUCACAGAAGUCGUAGGGUACUACAAUUUGUUUCCAUAUAUUGGCAUUUUAUCUGAUUGGAUGUCCGGGAAAACUUCUCAUAGUGCUUUGCAGCAUAUCCCAAGGCAGAAAACUGAUUUGGUUAAUAAGGGAUCUGAAGGAGUUCUCGUAAUUGAUAUUCAUGAAGUCAGUGAUGAUUCUGGUUGGAGCCAAGGAAAUAUGAACAACUGUAGCAAGGCCAGCACAAACACUGAAAUUAUUGGCAGUUUCAAAAACUACCCUUCACUAGGAGAAUCAUCUGUGAGGUCUCAAAAUGCAGCUUUUACUUUUGUCACCGAAAAACCUGUUUUGUCAACUGUUAAGGAAGAGGCUACUGUGGAUGAUUUUCCUGCUUUGACGAAGCAAAAUUGGGACACCUUGAUGAGUAAGAAGAGGAAACUAAACAAUAGUUUGGCUGGAUCAUCUGGAACUGCUCAUCAAUACAAUGCUGAUGAUUCAUUUAAUGAAAACUUGAAGAAAUUGGAUGGAGAUUGGGAAACAAAUUUGGAAAAUGCCAUAUCACAUAACUCAGUUAAAGAAGCAAAAAACGACCUCAACCAAGCUGGAGGAACCAUGAACAAUAUGAUAGUCGCUCUUAACUCCGAUAACCAUGACGCACUUGCUCUGUCAAAGAAAGUUGAUAGGAUGUCUGUCUUACAAAUGCUGAAGAAGAAGAGAGAAGAAUUAUGUCACCAGCAGCGCUUACUUGAGGAUAAUAUUGCUCAUUGUGAGAUGAGCAUCCAGACAGUGCUAAGUGGAAAAGAUUCCUCAGAAUCAAAAGUUGAGUUCAUGUUGAAAACUUGUGAAUUAAUCUGCCCAAACGAAAUGAAAAAUGAUGCAAAUUUUUCCACUGAAGCUCAAUGCCAAUCACAGACAGUCGGCAGAAAGAAAUUGUGCGAGGCAGUUCUUCGUUUACAAAGUCCUUGUCAGGAACUUGAUGAGAUAUUUUGCACGAAUAACUGGAUAUUACCAAAAUAUUGCGUGCUUCCCUCAUCUGAUGGAAAAUUCCAAGCUCUUGUGACAGUGCGAGGAAUGGACUUUGAAUGUGAGAGCCAUAGUGACUGGAAGACGAGCCCUAAAAAAGCUCGUGAAUCAGCAGCAACCAAUAUGUUGAACAAACUAAGGAGCAUGGCAGCCCAAGCAAAUUGAUCAUUGAUGAAAUUAAACGCUUUUGAAUGCAUUCUGUUUUGUGCAUAUUCGUAAAUUUAGAACUGUGAUAUUCUGUAACUAUAAUAGACAGGCAUUAUGGCUGUUUAUAAGAAUUCAAUAGCAAUUUAAUAUGCCAAAUGCGUCUAGUUUUUAGCCUUAGAGCUGACCAAGAGCCAUUAACUGUAUGUUGAAUCUGUGCCAUCUGAACACGAAGCAAGGUUUGCUAAUUUGGUUUUGGCUCUA